CUCGAGUCAAAUUACUCGUGCAUUUUCCUGGUUGGUCGGACCUUCAAUCGGUCUACUACCUUCCAUCAUGGCUGCCGGAAAGGCUGCCGCCGACUUCAAUGCGAUCAUCCAAGCUGAUCGCAAAAGAAAGCAGAACGAAAACCUUGCAAACCAGCUACUCGGUAAGAACCGAGUAACAAAUGGGGGCGCCGCAAAGGGCGCAAAGAAGGCACAGGAUGCGAAGCCAGGCAGCCUCGCCAGUCGCAUCGGUGUAGCCAAGCGCCCGACGUCUUCGCCCGCGAAUCCUAGAACAAACCCCAAGCCUGUCAUUCAUCAGGCCCGCCCCAAGGCGCGUCAGACCGAUCGACCUGGCGCAAAGCAGCGCCGUCCCGACGAGCAACGCCUGCUCUCUGCACUCCUUCCAGACAGCGGACAAGCAACCGUACGAGGCAGUAAGGUGGGGAUGACCAUCAAGGGCGCUGGCUCAGGACCUUCCGUGGUAGUCGGCAGCAACUUUGCACCGGGCACCACCGCAGCCGACAUUCAAGCGGCUCUUGAGCCCGUGGCCGGCCCAGUCCUCAGCUGCUGGGUGAUAACGCAGCACCCCGCAGUGUCGGCAGAGAUCACCUUUGCCGAGAGACAGGGCGCGGACAGCGCGAUUGCCAACUUUCACAACCAGAGGGCUGAUGGCCGGAUCAUCUCGAUGCGCCUGAAACCCCUUAGCCUGGGAGCCGAUAACGGUGCCACCAACUAUCAGAACCCACAGAGCCCCUUCAACAACCUCCGGGAGCAAGCGGAUCGAGACCGCCGCUCGCACCGCUCCGGUGACACGACGAUUCAAGACGGAAACUACGGGUUCACCGAGCAGAACCAAGCAGUCGAACCACACAGACCGUGGGGCAACAACCGCAGAUGGAAUAACAGGGGCUAUCGUAACGGGCCUCGAAACGGCGGAGCCUCGAACCAGGACACGCAAGAGACAGGCGCUAUCACCGCUGAGCCGUCACUGGCGGUAGCGAAAUUUAUCUACGUCACCGAUAUGCCGGGGAAAAAUGUAUACAUCGGGGAAAUUGAGCAGAAUCUACGCGUAGAACAGAAACAUGACGGUGCGCGCAAGAUGCAGCAAGCAACCGGGCGUGCUCUGAAGCAUCUCCGAGCGCUCAGAAAACGCGCAACGCAGACGCAGACUCUCGUCCUGUCCGCACGAAGAUGUCAAUCCUCAUUCGACAACAACCGCCAAUGGUCGACCCCUCUUGCCCAGACCCUGGCUAACGCCAUGAAGGUCACGGGCCCCAUCCCCAUCGCGGCGUUUAUGCGCCAAGUCCUUACCUCCCCGGAAGGAGGAUACUACACUACCCGGCCCGCGGGUGAGGGCGAGGUCUUCGGAAAGAAAGGCGACUUCGUGACCUCGCCGGAGAUCUCGCAGGUGUUCGGCGAGCUGGUCGGGAUCUGGACGAUUACCGAGUGGAUCGCGCAGGGACGGACAAAAAGUGGGGUGCAGCUCAUGGAGGUUGGGCCGGGGAAGGGGACGUUGAUGGAUGAUAUGCUGAGGACAUUCCGCAAUUUCAGAAGCUUUGCGUCGAGCAUCGAGGCGAUAUAUCUGGUCGAGGCGAGUUCGACGUUGAGAGAGGUUCAGAAGCGGCUGCUCUGCGGCGAGGAUGCGGCGAUGGAGGAAACGGAUAUUGGCCACCGGAGUGUGUGCAAGUAUUUUGACAUGCCGGUUAUCUGGGUGGAGGAUAUUCGGUUGCUGCCGCAUGAGGAGAGUAAAACGCCCUUCAUAUUCGCACACGAGUUCUUCGACGCGUUACCCAUCCAUGCCUUUGAGUCCGUGCCCCCGGCACCGGAGAACGAGCCGAAGGACGAGGUCAUGACGCCCACGGGACCUGCGAAGCUCCGGAAACCAUUGAAGGCCGCGAAUGUGCCGCAAUGGCGAGAGCUGUUGGUGACGCUCAACCCCAAGGCUGUGGAGGAGAACAUCGAGGGAGAACCGGAGUUCAAGCUGACGCUGGCCAAGGCGUCCACGCCAUCGUCCUUGGUCAUCCCUGAAAUUUCGGAACGGUAUCGCGCUCUGAAGUCUCAGCCGGGCUCCACGAUUGAGGUCAGUCCGGAGAGUCGGAUCUAUGCGUCUGACUUCGCAAGGCGGAUCGGCGGGGCGUCAGAACCGCCUCGUACGGCCACGAAGAAGGGUGCUACUAUUGCUACUGGUGGGGAAACGCCGGCUGCGGCGAAGCGUGUGCCUUCCGGUGCAGCGCUGAUCAUGGACUAUGGGACUCUUGCUACGGUGCCCAUCAACUCGCUUCGUGGAAUCCAGCACCAUCAAACUGUGCCGGCACUUUCGGCGCCGGGACAGGUGGAUGUUAGUGCCGACGUGGACUUUACUGCGUUGGCUGAGGCGGCCAUCGAGGCCAGCGAAGGCGUUGAGGUUCAUGGACCGGUGGAGCAGGGUGAUUUCCUGCAUGCCAUGGGGAUCGCGGAGCGGAUGCAGCAGCUGCUCAAGGGCGUGACGGAUGAGUCAAAGCGGAAGACGUUAGAGACUGGCUGGAAGAGACUGGUUGAGAAAGGCGGCGGAGGGAUGGGCAAGAUCUACAAGGUCAUGGCCAUCGUUCCGGAAAAUAAUGGUAAGCGUCGUCCAGUUGGGUUCGGGGGAAAUAUCAUGGCAUGA